AUGGGACAGAAGGGAUUGCCUUGUAUCGUGCAUAGUCAUGGUAAUCCUUUAGCACACAUCAUUUUACGUGGUUCAAAUAAGGGCACAAAUUAUGAUGCAGAAUCGAUUCAGCAGAUCCGCCAACAGCAUCAAGGGAAAUUACCCGCAUUGCUGAUUGAUUGUAGUCACGGUAACAGCAGUAAAGAUCCUUUAAAGCAACCGUUGGUUUUACAGCAAAUUAUUGAAGAAAGACAUGUAACCCAAGUACGUGGUGUAAUGCUAGAAAGUCAUUUGGUGGAUGACGGUUGUUUGGGUUGGAAUAAGACGGAGCAAUUGUUGUUGGAUGUUGCAGAGCAGCUUUCUGAAAAGACUUUAGCGUUUUCGGCGUAA